AUGUUUGCGUCUAUAAAGGGUAAAGUACUAGGUAAAUCAGGCAGUAAGGUAUAUAUUAUUGUUAAAAUUUGUAUGAACUGGUUACUGUCUCUCACUUACAAUCUUGGACAGAAUAAAAAGGAUUGUCCAAGAUUGUAGAUGAUAUACGCUGAGGAUACACCCAGCAGAUUCUUGGAAACUGCUUACCUGCCCUUCCCCUGUUGCAACAUUUUGCCUUAUGGGAGAGAUUAGUGUUAAAAUUGGGUUGGGGGAGGGGUAGGUGGGUGGUUUCCCAGAAUCUUAUACUGACCAACCCUGUGUUGGACUAUAAUGCAUCCUCUCCACAGGGAGUGAUAGUCCUCUUAAGUAAUUCGUGCUACUGAAUUAAAAUUAGCUGUUCCUAUAACAUGCUUGAACUUCCUUAGCUCAAGACAUGCUUUACCUAUCUUAGUUACGUAAUUGUCAUUACAUUAAUGAGAGGGUGCCUGGAAUAGAACCCUAAGUGUCUGCACAUGUAAUUCGAACUUCCAAUUUGCUGUGCAUAUGAUUGUGAAUAGAAGGGAGAUUUUGAUAUUAGAUCAAGGGCCUUACUCCACCACACCUCUUUGACUGACAUUAUAAGGUCGGCAAAUCAUUGGGAAAAUUCCCAGGGACUGUAUUAAGUCCCUCAUCUUAUGCAGAGCUCAAGUAGGUUCUUUGCACUUCAGUUUUUGAAUUUUUUUGACAUUGUAUUCAAGUGAGCGUAAAUUUACACAUCUUCUUUUUACUUUUUCCUGUGUAGGGAUUGACAUUGUGAAGAAUAUAUAUCGUUCUUCAAAUAUCAGCCAAGUUGUUAAUGCUAUGGUAGAUGUGCUGACAUCAGAUCCUCCACUUGACCGUUGCAUAGUUGGUAUAGAUGCACGUGGUCUCCAAUUAUUGUCAUAUCUACCAACAUCUGUUGCCGACUUUCUCUUCCAUUUAAUACUGGCAAGAAAACUUGCUUCACCAAAAGUACCUCUGAAAUAA